UUUCAGAACCUCAAGUCUUGAACCGUUACCUUCGCUUUUUCCAACAGUUUAUAAGAAUAAAAUGAGAUUUACUUCCAUCAUCGCUACCACGGCUUUCUUGGCACAAGCUAUUGCCGUCAAUGUUGCCUGUUUAGUUAGAGGUGUUCAAGUUGCUAUUGUUGACUUGGAUACUGGUAACUGUCCAUUUACUAUCCCAUCAGGAUUACCAAUUUUGUUUGACUUUGUUUCUCCUCAAGAUUUCGACAUCGUCUUCUACUACUCCCUUGCUGCUGGUGAAAGAUUCUUCAAUGAUAUUGUCAAUGCUGGUGAUGUCAUUACUAUUCCAGCUAACUUGUUAUUUAACCUCCCAGGUGCUCCAUUAUACCAAGUUAGUGUUCAACAAGAACCAUCUGUCAACUCUACUGAAGCUGUCAGAAAGAGAUUGUGGAAGGAAACCGUUAUUGCCAAGAGAGAUGCUGCCUCUGACUUUGCUGAUUCUCUUAAGGGUCUUGAUGGUACUUUAGUUGACCCAGGUGCAUUCUCUGUUGUUCUUGCCGAUCAACCAACUUCUACUCCAACCACUUCUCCAACUGGUGCAACCACCACUGCUAUUUCUACUGUUGUUACUGUUGUUACUUGUACUGAAACUGUCUGUAAGCCAACUACUGUUCCAGCCAAGCCAACUGUUACCACUGCUACUAUCAGUGAAGUUGUCACUGUUUUCACCACCUACUGUCCAGAAUCCUCCAUCACUGUUCCAACCUUUACUGUCACUCUCACCAAGUCUGACACUGUUACUACCUGUCCAGCUACUCCAGCUCUUACCACUAUCACUUCUGCUGGUAAGACUACCGUUGUUGUCACUACUGUUCCAAUUACUGAAACUGUUAGCAAGCCAACCGGUGCUCCAACUGCCACCACUCCAGGUGCUCCUACUGUUACUCCAGCUCCUUCUCCAGCUACUGCCACCACCAAGCCAGCCGUUCCAACUUUCGAAGCUGGUGCCGCUGCUGCCGGUUCUUCUUUCUUAGCUUUAGCUAUGAUCCCAUUAGCUUACCUCAUUUAAGCAAAUCCAUAUUUUUUUGGGGGAUUGUUUUAUGGUUAAAGUUAAAAGACAGUUUUGAUACCGUUUAUUUUUUUCGUUCGUUUUAAAGUGUGGCUUAUUUUUUGCAGCCAUCGGAUUUUAACUUGGCAUUGCCAAGGUGGACUUUUUUCUUUAUUAUUCUUGUUUCCGUUAUAUUUUUUCCACGUCGUUACCGCUGGACAUUCGUUUAUAUUUUAGUGGUUUAUUAGUUAGUUUCGGUUUGUUUUUCAUAAAUGAACAAUUAUUUAAACCUUUGUAUAUGUUUUUCUAUUUUUGUAAUAUUUAAUAUACAAAAAUUAACAUAACCUUAGG